AUGUUAUCCAUUUCCAGACGUUUCUCCCUUAUAGUCACUCGAACUCUUCUUUUCUUCCAUGUCUCGGCAGUUUUGGCAGUUUCAACAACUGGCAACAGUUCAAUUCAAUGUAGUACUCUAGAACGCCUUCUUCCAAAGCAAGUGUCAUACCCCUCUAGCACUACCUAUAUCAGCUCGGUUCUAUCCUACUAUUUCGUCCAAGAACCGCUAUCAAAUAUCUACAAAAAGCAACCUGAUGCUACGUUGCUUUCCAUCCGGAGUGGUGGCCAUUCUCCGAUCGCCGGUGCAGCCAACGAUAAUGGUGGGGUGACAAUCGACCUGACGCUUAUGGAUACCCUCAGUCUGAACCGUGAUGGCUCAAUGGUCUCUGUGGGAGCCGGUUCUAUCUGGAGCAAAAUAUAUAUUCAAUUGGAACAAAGGAACUUGACUGUCCUUGGAGGUCGUGUAGCUGGAAUUGGGGUAGGAGGUUUAUUGAUAGGAGGCGGAGUUUCAUUCUUAUCCCCUCAGUAUGGUUGGGCUUGCGACGGAAUACUGGGCAUGGAAGUGGUUCUUGCCGAUGGCUCGGUAGUUUAUGCAUCGUCACAAAGUCAUUCCGGCCUCUUCACUGCUCUUCAAGGAGGCUCGAAUAACUUUGGGGUAGUGACUAGAUUUGACUUGAAGACUUUUGCACAAAGGGAACUGCUCGGUGGAUUUAUUUUCUACAAUUCAUCUACAGUUCCGCAACUGCUCAAGGCCUUCAAUGACUUUAUGAGCCCUGUCAACUUUGACCCCCAUGCCUCAAUCAUUCAGGCUUUCGGCUACCAGCAAGGUCUUCAAGCCGUUUCUAUGGGCAUGGAAUACACUUUACCAAUUGCGAAUACGACACCGAAAGUGCUUCAGCCGUUCCUGGAGAUCGACAACCAGCUAGGUAGUACCAUGCGCGUUUCCAACAUGUUGAAUUUCGUAACAGAGGAAGCGGAUUUUCAGCCUUUGAAUACUCGAGGAAUCUAUGUAACCACAACUUUCAGUCCGAACCUCCCUAUCUUGACCUCAAUCUAUGAUCUCUGGAAUGCAACUACUCCAAGCAUCAGCGCAAUUCCAUCGAUAGGCUACAGUUUAAUAUAUCAACGGCUCCCAGCAACUGUCCCGGGCAAUGUUAAUUCUUUUAAUCUCCCCUCAUCCGCAGAGAAUCUGUCGGAUGAUGAAACGGUGAAUUCAGUGACAACGGCGCUCAUGAGUGCAAUUGAAGAGAAGACAAAAGAAGCAGGUGUUUACAAUUCUUUCAAGUAUUUGAAUUAUGCAGCCAGUUGGCAGAAUCCUUUGGGCUCGUAUGGAGAUAAAGGAAAAGAGAAUUUGUUGAGUGUGAAGAAGACUUAUGAUCCGCAAGGCCUGUUUCAAAAAGGGGUUCCUGGUGGGUUCAAGCUGAAAGGACUUGAUCAGUAG